UUUCUUAUACCAAAAUAAAUUUUCUUCAAAAGUUUCAUAAAAACCAUGUCUGAAUCACUUGUGCGUUUUCUUUUUCUCUCGCUAAUCUUUCUCUGUUAUAUCUCCCCUUCAAGCUCCUUUGAUUUACACUUAGAUUAUAGUGGUUAUGUUGCUUGUCGUCCCCAUAAGGCUCAAGCUCUCACCGAGUUUAUGAACGAGUUUGAUAGCAGCCAGUGCAACCUCAGUGAUCCCUUUAAUGGAGUCUGGUGCGAUAACUCGACCGGUGCGGUCACAAUGAUACGACUCACGGCUUGUCUCAGUGGAACUUUAAAUCCCAACAGUAGCUUAUUCAGGUUACACCAUCUUCGUUACCUUGACGUCAAUCGAAACAACUUCAGCUCUUCUUCACUUCCUCCUGAAUUUGGCAGUCUCGACAGGUUAGAGGUCUUAUCUCUUAACAGGAAUGGAUUUGUAGGCCAAGUUCCUUCCUCAUUUAGUAGCCUAAGCCAUCUUUCUGUUUUAGAUCUUACCGGAAACGAGCUCACUGGUAGUUUCCCACUUGUAGGAAAUUUAACAAAGCUCUCAUAUUUAAGCCUUUGUAAUAAUCGUUUCUAUGGAACUCUGAAUCCCAACAGUACUAAACUGUUUGAGUUGCACCACCUCCGUUAUCUUUAUCUAGGUUACAACAACUUCAGUUCAUCAAUCCCUUCUGAGUUUGGAAAUCUCAACAAACUUGAGAUCUUGUCUCUCAAGUCCAAUGAUUUUUCCGGGCAAGUUCCUCCCACAAUUAGUAACCUAAGCUCGUUAAAGGAGUUGUCCCUUCAAGACAACAGGCUCACUGGUAGUUUUCCACUUGUACGAAAUCUAACCAUGCUAUCUGUUCUAAAUCUUGAAGAUAACCACUUCUCUGGAACCAUUCCAUCUUCUCUCACCACUAUUCCAUUCUUGUCAGAACUCGGUUUAAGUGGAAACGAUUUCAUCGGUUCUAUUGAAUUUCCUAACACCUCCAGGCUCGAGUACUUGUACCUUGGGGAUAACCAUUUUGAAAGAAAAAUAAUAGAGCCUAUCUCAAAGCUCACCAACCUCAAGGAUCUUAAACUUUCUUUCUUAAACACAAGCUACCCAAUUGACUUAAACCUCUUCUCCUCUCUCAAAUCUUUGGUGUACCUCGAUCUUUCCGGUAAUAGAAUAUCUCCAGGCAGUUUAGGUUCAAAGUUAGACAUAUCAGAAAACUUGGAGGAUUUGAGAUUAUCAGGCUGUGGCAUCAGUGAGUUCCCAAAUAUCUUCAAGAUCCUUCUGAAAUUGGAAUAUAUAAAAAUUUCAGGAAACAGUAUCAAAGGGAAAGUCCCUGAGUGGUUAUGGAAGCUUCCUCGUCUGAACACAUUGUAUCUUUCAAAUAAUUCGUUUAGUGGUUUCGAAGGUCCAGCGGAUGUUUUGGUAAAUUCAUCGGUGAAGUAUUUAUUGAUGGGGGAAAACCGUUUUGAAGGAGCAAUUCCUGCUCUACCACUCUCUAUCAACAUUUUUUCUGCCUCAGACAACAGAUUCACGGGGAGCAUACCCCUUUCAAUCUGCAAUUGUAGAUCUCUUACGGAUUUGACGCUAUCUUACAACAACCUCACGGGUCCAAUUCCUCAAUGCUUGAGCAACUUGACGUUUGUGCAUCUUCGGGCGAACAGCUUGGAAGGAAGUAUCCCUGACGCCUUUUAUAAGAGUGCUUCUCUGCAGACACUCGACCUUGGACACAAUCGAUUAACUGGGAAGCUUCCAAGAUCUCUUCUGAACUGCUCAUCUCUAGAGUUUCUAGUUGUUGAACACAACAGAAUCAAAGACAAGUUUCCUUUCUGGCUCAAGGAUUUGCCGAAUUUGAAAGUCCUUAUCCUCAGUUCAAACAAGUUCUAUGGUUCUAUAUCUCCUCCUGAUCAAGGUCCUCUCGAGUUUCCAGAGCUACGUAUAUUUGAGAUAUCUGAUAAUGAGUUUACUGGAAGCUUACCACCAAGGUAUUUUGUCAAUUGGAAAGCAUCAUCACUUACGUUGAAUGAAGAUGGUCUAUAUAUGAUACACAGAACAACUUCUGAUGGGAAUUCGUACUUUGCUGUCGUAGAGACUAUAGAUUUGCGAUACAAAGGUCUAUCCAUGGAGCAACAGAAUGUCGUUAAUUCCUAUGCCGCCAUUGAUUUUUCAGGGAAUAGAAUUGAAGGACACAUUCCUGAAUCCAUUGGUCUUUUGAAAGCAUUGAUUGCACUCAACUUCUCAAACAACGCCUUCACAGGCCGUAUUCCUCUGUCUUUCUCCAAUCUGAGCAAUCUCGAGUCACUAGACCUAUCAAGAAACCAACUCUCAGGGACAAUUCCAGGUGGACUUGGAAGCCUCUCAUUUUUGGCGUACAUAAAUGUGUCUCACAACCAGCUCAAGGGUGAGAUACCACAAGGAACACAGAUUACUGGGCAAGCUAAAUCUUCAUUUGAAGGGAAUGCAGGGCUUUGUGGUCUUCCUCUCCAGGACACUUGCUUUGGGAUUAAUGCACCACCAACACAACCACCAACGCAAGAAGAAGAAAAGGAAGAAGAAGAACAAGUGCUGAACUGGAAAGGCGUGGUUAUUGGGUAUGGAUCUGGAGUGUUGCUUGGAUUGGCAAUCGCACAACUCAUUUCUUCAUACAAACCGGACUGGCUCGUCAAGAUAAUUGGUCCAAACAAGCACAGACACCGUUAGUACUGUUUCAGUUUUGAGUGUAAUGGUUGAAUGCUCAUCUCCUUAUGUUUUUCUCUAUCAUUAUCUGAUGUUUUGUUCUGUUUCAUUUUAUUUUAUUUUGUUAAAGGGAUUUGUUUUGUUUCAUGUUUUAAAGUAAAUGAUGUGUUUUGUAGUAA